UCGGGGGAGCUGCAGAAGCUUCCAGGACACUGCGCACGCGCUGGGCGAUCACCAUGAGACACAGAGAGAGAGGCAGAGACACAGGCAGAGGGAGAAGCAGGCUCCAUGCAGGGAGCCUGACGUGGGACUCGAUCCAGGGUCUCCAGGAUCACGCCCUGGGCUGCAGGCGGCGCUAAACCGCUGCACCACCGGGGCUACCCAUGAAUUAAAUUUUUAAAAAGAAGCAGGUCCCAGCCCGAGGCCGAUCGCGCCUGCGCAGCCGGUGCAGCGGACGCCGCGAGGUAUCCUGGCAACCAGUCGCCUGGCAACGGGCGUGCGCUUCCGGGACCGCGAGCCGAGGCGGGUGAGCGGCAGCUGUGAGAGUGAUUUCUGCAGAGCUUUGUUUUGAGAGCUAGACAGUUGCCCUCUGCAGGCGUGGAAAGAUGUCCCAUGCCCGGGUCUCCAUGUACCUGCCCCCUGACAUUAACCCUGCUCAGGCCUCCAUUGCUUAUGGCUGUAGGGCCUUGCCCAAGCUGAAUGAGGAGCUGCAGUCGGAGGACCUGCUAACGAGGCAGAAAGCCCUCAUGGCUCUGUGCGACCUCAUGCACGACCCUGAACAUGUCUAUGCAGCCAUUGACAUAGGCUGCCUGGAGAGCCUGAAAGCUUUGCUGAAGGAUAAUAAUGACAUAGUGCGGAUAAAGGCCACCGAGGUGCUCUCUAUCAUGGUGACCCAUAACGUGGGCAGAGAGGGCUUUUUAAAGCAUGAUGUCAUCCUUGCCUUGGCCUACCUGCUGAAUGACCCUCAGUCAGCCUGUCGAGAGAACCUGCACCUGGCAUUGAAGCACGUGGCCCAGCUUCCCUCAGGAGCCCAGGGCAUUGUCAACAGCGGCCUGAUUCCUUCCCUGGUGUGGAAGCUGCAGAGGGAGGAGGAAGAGAUCCAAGGGCUCCUCCUGGACACACUGGUGCCCUGCCUGUUGGAGGAUGCCACUGAGGCGCUGAGUAACCGCGUGGUGCCCUUCCUGAAGCAGAAGCUCCUCAGCACCAAUGAUGACAUUCGCAGCAAAGCUGCCUGCAUGCUCACUGUGGUCAGCAUCCCUCUGGAGGGCAAGAACCAGGUGUGGCAGCAUGACGUCAUCCCCAUCCUGGUGCACCUGCUGAAGGACAAGAUGGAGGAGGUGCAGGCCAAUGCCGCCGGGGCCCUCAUGUAUGCCACGAUGACCACCCAAGGGAAAUAUGCCACCCUGGACGCAGAAGCCAUCCACCCGCUCCUGAACCUGCUGUGCUCAUCCCUGAGCAAGGCACGCUUGAACGCCACCAAGGCCCUCACCAUGCUGGCCGAGACCCCUGAGGGCCGCAAGUUUCUGCGAUCUCACGUGCCCGUCUUCCGCACCCUCGAGGAAGACACCAGUGAGGCGGUGCGGCGGGCAGCCCGGACUGCUAUCAAAGUCAUCGAGUGGAAACCCUGA